CCCCCCCGGCCGUUCCCACCACCUCUCUCUGACGCACGCAGAGACGCGCCGAUAAACGCAGGGCGCGGCCACUACCCCACGGCUCUUUCGUUUCGCGCGCUGCCUGUUCUCCAAGAAACAGGGGAGGCUGACCAAUGGGGGACGACAUGGAAGCAUCGGAGGCGGGAUGCGGCUGGCUGACUUGGAGAGCGGCGGCGCUCGCCGUGCUCGCGUGGGUGCUGCUGCACGUGGCGGCGCGCGUCGCCGACACGCUGUGGUGGCGUCCUCGGCGUCUGGAGGCGCACUUCGCGGCGCAGGGCGUGCGCGGGCCGCCGUACCGGUUCUUGCUGGGGUCCGUGAAGGAGAUGGUGGGGCUGAUGGCGGAGGCCUCGUCGAAGCCCAUGUCGCCGCCCACCUCCCACAACGCGCUCCCCCGCGUCCUCGCCUUCUACCACUACUGGCGGAAGAUCUACGGGCCGACGUUCUUGAUAUGGUUCGGGCCGACGCCGCGGCUGACGGUGGCGGAGCCGGAGCUGGUGCGCGAGAUCUUCCUCACGCGCGCCGAGGCGUUCGACCGCUACGAGGCCCACCCCGUCGUGCGCCAGCUCGAGGGCGACGGGCUCGUCAGCCUCCACGGCGACAAGUGGGGGCUACACCGCCGCGUCCUCACCGACGCCUUCUACCCCGACAACCUCAACCGGCUGGUGCCCCACGUCGGCAGGUCGGUGGCGGCGCUGGCGGAGAAGUGGAGCGCGAUGGCGGCGGCCGGCGGCGGAGAGGUGGAGGUAGACGUGGCGGAGUGGUUCCAGGCGGUCACGGAGGAGGCCAUCACGCGCGCCACCUUCGGCCGCAGCUACGACGACGGUCGCGUCGUGUUCGCCAUGCAAGGCCAGCUCAUGGCCUUCGCCUCCGAGGCCUUCCGCAAGGUCCUCGUCCCCGGCUACCGGUUCUUGCCGACCAAGAAGAACUGGCAGUCGUGGAAGCUGGACAGGGAGAUCAGGCGGAGCCUGACCAGGCUCAUCGCCCGGCGCAGCGACGAGGCCAAGGAGAAGGCCGACGACAACGACAGCUUCCGCGACUUGCUUGGCGCCAUGAUCAAUGCUGGCGAGAGGAAGACGCGAGCGCCGUCGCCGAAGGCGAUUCCAGUGGAGGACAUGCUGGAGGAAUGUAAGACGUUCUUCUUCGCCGGGAAGCAGACCACGACGAAUCUCCUGACCUGGGCCACCGUGCUCCUCGCCAUGCACCCGGAGUGGCAGGAGCGCGCCCGCCGAGAGGUCCUUGAAGUCUGCGGCGCCGACGAGCUCCCCUCCAAGGAGCACCUCCCCAAGCUGAAGACGCUUGGCAUGAUCAUGAACGAGACCCUCCGGUUAUACCCGCCGGCGGUGGCCACCAUCCGCCGCGCCAAGAUGGACGUCCAGCUCUCGGACGGGUGCAUGAUCCCCCGCGACAUGGAGCUGCUCAUCCCGAUCAUGGCCAUCCACCACGACGCGAGGUUCUGGGGCCUGGACGCGGCACAGUUCAACCCCGCGCGGUUCGCCGGCGGCACGGCUAGAGCAGCGAAGCACCCCUUGGCGUUCAUCCCGUUCGGGCUAGGCUCCCGGAUGUGCAUAGGCCAAAACUUGGCCCGGCUGGAAGCCAAGAUCACCAUGGCCAUCCUGCUGCAACGCUUUGAGAUCCGGACAUCUCCGAACUACAUCCACGCGCCGACGGUCCUGAUGCUCCUCUACCCGCAAUACGGAGCGCCCGUGGUCCUCCGCCCUCGUUCCUUUCAUCCGUUGGAUCUGGCAGCCUCGUUCAUUUCCACGAGGCAGGAGGGCUGAGGAGCAGUGUUAUCUGGAUAAGUGUCAGAAUUUAAUUCGGAUUUAGAUAUCUGAAUUAGUAAAAAAAAAUUAAACACAAGCAUCCAAAUAACACUGCUGAGUAGCCGUGGGACGCCCUGUGCCCCGCAAAACCUGUCGCGAAUGACCCAACCGCCCCUCCCUCAAUCCCUGUGUAUAUUCCAAGUGAUAGAAAAAGCCAAGAAGCACUAAGUUUUUGUUCUAGCCUGUCCCUCGGGGCCCACCCAGGUUGCCCAGAAAUGCCCUCCUUAACAGACCAGAUCAGACAGACCCAGGUUUUGAAGAUUUGAUGACACACAAGGUGAGGCCCUACUCCCCUGUUUUGUUGCCUUGCCCAUGGCAUCUGGUGUAUGUAUUUGUAUAGAGGUUUAUUCCAUCUUCUUCUCUGGUAGUAGUAGCAGAGAAGAAAAAUGCAAGAAAAAAAUAUAAUCCUA